AACAAUCUCUGCUUUAGACUGGAUUGAUGGUUUAAGGAGGAAACCACCAGAAUUAAGAUUUCUUCCAGCUAUUUGGGGUUAGGAAGAAUCAAAUUUUUUUUGAACAUGAAAUGUAAAUAAAUGUGAAAAAAAAACAUGAAUGUGUUCUUGUUGUAUAUACAUUACAGUGCAAAAGGUUGUGGAUUCGAGGGAAUACACACUGAUAUAAAAUAUGUGAAAAUCAUUAAGAUAUUAAGUACAGAUCAUGUUCCAUGAAGAUUUUUGUAAAUUACUUGUACAAAUUGUAGAUUUAAAUAUAUAAAAAAAGUAUUUAUCAUUAGAAAUGUGUGUUGCUAAGGACUUCAUUUAGACAACUUUAAAUUUUUUACUUUUUUGCACCCUUAGAUUCCAGAUUUUCAAAUAGUUGUAUCUCGGUCAAAUAUUGUCCUGUCCUAAUAAACCAUACAUUAAUGAAAAGCUUAUUUAUGCAGCUUUCAGAUGAUGUAUGAAUCUUAAUUUUUACAAAUUUAAACCCUUAUGACUGGUUUUGUGGUCCAGGUUCACAUGUUUGUAUACUGUAAGUUGCUUCAAAGCGUCUGCCAAAUGCAAAAAAGUAAAAUGUAAAUCUUAAAAAAAUUCUGUCAAACACAAAAGUAAUGUAAAAAUUGAAUGCAUCUGAAUUAUGUGUGUUUCAAAGAAAAAACUGAAAUGUUAUGAGUGUAAAAGUUGUCAUUUAUUUUAUUAUCUUUUCCUUAACAAGUGAGAAACUAAAAAAAAUGUUUUGUUUUUUUGCAUUAUUUAACAUGCACAGGCAGCAUGAUGGGUGAAGAGAACCUGAACCUCAGCUAUGAUUAUUACAUGAACUAUUCAUACUAUACACUGGAUGAUCAUUUCGUUACAUUAGAGGAACAUCUUCAGUUUGCAUCUGUGAUCAAUGCUGUGUGCUACAGCAUCAUCAUCUGCAUCAGUUUACCAGGAAACAGCUUCUUGCUCUGGGCCCUUCUUAUGCAUGAGGGUUUGAAGAGCUCCGCUGACUGUUUUCUUCUUCAUCUCACCGCAUCCGACAUCAUCUUCACUUUCACGCUGGUCCCCUGGACCGUCAACCACAUCUGUAGCUGGAUCUUCAGUGAGACGUUUUGCAAGCUGUCCAACCUGGGCAUCUUCCUGGGCCUGUACAGCUACAUGUCAUUCCUCACGGUCAUGACGGUGCACCGCUACAUUGUGAUCGUUUAUCCGGUGUUUGCUACAUCCGUAAGGAAUCCUUUCAGAAUCACACACAUCUCAUCCGCCCUGGUGUGGCUGAUCUCUGCCGGCUUCAGUGUGCCCGAAGCGUUCUUCUCUGGAACUGUAAACGGUCCUGACGGUGUCUUCUGCGCUUCCCUCUAUAAAUCAACGUUCUCAGAGUUGUUUGGAUAUUUCACUCAGAUCAUUUUCUUUUUCAUGCUGCCCUUCCUAGUUAUUGUAUUCUGUUAUGGCCGCAUGGGAUUCACCAUCUACAAGAGCCGCAUCACAAGCAGAAACAGACGUAACGCCGUAUGUUCUAUUUUUACCAUUGUCAUUGGCUUCUUCAUCUGCUGGACACCGUACAACAUCUUCCUCUUCCUCUAUGCAUUGAAGAUUUUGGGUGUCCAUGUAUUGCAGGAGUCAGAGUUGGAGAAAGUUUUUGAGAUCGUGUACUGUGUCACUCACAUUCUUGCGUACAGCCACUGCUGUCUAAACCCUCUCAUACAUAUCUUAGGAGGAAAUAAGUUCAGGAGAUACCUGCCGUGGUCCAGAUGCUUUACUUGGUCAUCACAGAGAUACAGAAGACAUACUUACACCAGUCAGAGCAGCUACUCAGGACAAACACAUUUUUAAAAAUAUAUAUUUAUAUAUACAUUUUUGAGAUAAUAAAAUGUAUGGUUUUUCAAAAGCUGUUAUUUUUAUAAAAAAAAAAUUCAACGUGUUCAACAGGUGUGUCACUGUUUCUUUAAAUUGCUUUUCUAAUAGGUCCUUAUAUGUAAUAGGUUCCAAUAUGUGCUUUUGAGGUACUAACAUGCACUAUUUAGCCACAAAGGU